AAAAAAAAGAGAAAGAAAGAGAGAAGAAAUCCUUAACGUAUUCGGAUGAUGCUCUCUCUAAAUCUGUCUCUCUUUCUAAAAUUGCCGUUGUCUAUCUAGAACUAGUGCAGAGGGCGAAAGGAGAACCUCUGAAACCCUAGCUUGUGAUUGCUUGCGUUUUAAGUAUCGGAUCUAUCUCAAUUUGAUUCCAUGCCUUGUGCUUUCUGGAAAACGACUGAGACGAGUGAGUGAGCGAGUGGAAGAACCCUAAGGAGUAAGGAUUGAUUGAUUUAGUUAAACUGUGUACGUUAUUGAUGAAACAAGUUCUUCGGUGGCAGAGGACUCUGAUCCUCUCUAUGCUGUCUUUCACCGUGCUUGCUCCUCUCUUCUACGUAUCGAAUAGGCUCAAAAGCGUCAAUUCCAUAGGCCGGGACGCGCUUGUUGAGGAUUUGUCUACUAUUCAGAAAUAUUGGACCGAUGCUGUAAAACUUAAAGCGAUUGAGAAGGAGUGGAGUGAACGCUUGAAAGAGCCAAAACCAGUUGUUUAUGAAGACAAAGACUUAGGUUCUUCUGUCAGUGACAAUUCCCUUGAGGGGAAUAGUGAUUCUACAAAAUCUAGAAAUGUCAGGGGCACAGCUAACAUUUUGGAUAUAAAUGUCUCAGGAGCUAAUCAUGAAAGAGAACAAUAUAAUCUGAAAAUUCAGACCAUAGCAGUGCCAACCAAUCAUCAUGAAAAGUUGCAGGAGCAAUCCAAUCAAACAACAGUUCUCCAAAAACACGACACGCAGUCUCAGUUACUGGGAGCGGCGGAUGUGAAAGUAAAACAGAUUAGGGACCAGCUUAUUAGAGCCAAGGCUUACUUACAUUUUGCACCACCUGGCAGUAAUUCCAAUUUUGUUAAAGAGUUAAGAGUGAGACUUAAAGAACUGGAUCGAGCUGUUGGUGAAGCUGCCAAAGAUUCAGAUUUGUCUAGAAGUGCGCUGCAGAAAAUGAGGUCCAUGGAGGUUUCCUUAUCCAAAGCCAGUCAUGUAUUCCCAGACUGUUCUGCCAUGGUCACCAAGCUCCGCACUAUGGCUUACAUUGCUGAAGAACAGGUUCAGACCCAUAGGAAUCAAGCUGCAUAUCUCCUUCAGCUUGCAGCAAGGACUACUCCAAAAGGUCUUCAUUGCCUUUCUAUGCGACUGACAGCUGAAUACUUGUCCCUGCAGCCCGAAGAGAGGCAGCUGUCUAACCAACAAAAAUUCUAUGAUCCGAAUUUUUAUCACUAUGCUGUCUUCUCUGAUAAUAUUCUGGCUUGUGCAGUUGUUGUGACCUCCACUGUAUCAUCUGCUAUGGAACCAGAGACAAUUGUUUUCCAUGUGGUGACUGAUGCUCUCAACUAUCCGGCAUUCUCAAUGUGGUUCUUGUUGAAUCCCCUUGGCAAUGCUACGGUUCAGAUUCAGAACAUAGAGAAUUUUGAAGGGUUGUUGACCAAGCAUGAUUCCAUGCCUAAGAGGCAUAACUCCAAAGAUCCAAGAUAUACUUCUGCUCUGAACCACCUGCGCUUCUAUCUGCCUGAUGUCUUCCCUCUACUGAAUAAGAUUGUGCUAUUUGACCAUGAUGUGGUAGUGCAAAGGGAUCUUUCUGGACUUUGGGGCAUUAAUAUGAUGGGAAAAGUAAAUGGAGCUGUGGAGACUUGCCGGAAAAGUGAAGCUUCUUUUCGAGGAAUGGAUAUCCUUAUUAAUUUUUCAGAUCCAUUGGUGGCUAAGAGGUUUGAUGUCAAGGCAUGUACAUGGGCAUUUGGGAUGAAUAUGUUUGAUCUGCAUGAAUGGAGGAAACACAAUCUAACUGCAAUCUACCAUAGAUAUUUACAACUGGGAUAUAAGAGGCCGUUGUGGAAAGCUGGGAGCUUGCCAUUAGGCUGGGUCACAUUCUAUAAGCAAACAAUUGCUUUGGACAAGAGAUGGCAUGUUCUGGGCUUAGGUUAUGAAUCUGGUGUCGGACAGGGUGACAUCGAGAAGGCAGCAGUUAUACAUUACGAUGGAGUCAUGAAACCGUGGUUGGAUAUUGGCAUUAAGAAAUACAAGAGUUACUGGAGCAAACAUGUCAAUUACAAUCACCCUUACUUACGACAGUGCAAUAUCCAUGACUAAUCGAAAAAUAUGGUGCAAAAUCAUUCAUACAUGACUCUCAGUUCAAGUCUGUACAUAACUUCUCUGGACUCUUACAUCUUGGGACAGUCUCCGGUUACAAUUCUCUACUAAUUUCUAUAGGGAGGCGGUUCAGCUGCUUUCUGUGGACUGUUGCCCUGUUGAACUACUUGAGCGAGACAUUUUGUUUGAGUUGAGGCGAUGCCUUUCUGGUCGUUAGGCGAGGCAUUUUAAAGGCAAUUUAUCGACAUAUAGUAUUUUUUGACGAUGUUGUUUGUUUUCCCAAAUAAGGAUGUCAAUGUAUGUACGCCCAAGUACAGUAUUAUGUGGUUUAUUUCCGAAAAUAAUCUCGUCUUUCUCACUUGAAUUCUUGAGCACCCAAGUGAGAAUAGAUUGUACUUGGGUACUCAGCGUUUCACCUCCAAUAGGUUAAUUUUUCACCUCCAAGAGGUAAAUGAUUCAAGUGGGGAGGUGAGAUUAUCGUGAGAUUAUUUUCUGAAAUAAAAUACAAAUACAGGAUAUAUUUUGUGCAAAUUUCUUAC